AUGCAUCUCUGGAAGGCUUUUAUUCUUACCCUUGCUCACCUCGCCCUGAGCCAAGCAGCAGCUUGUCCAGCAGGAGGAUGUGGUAGUGCCCCGGCUUGCGUUCUCACCGAGACAUGCACAACAGCAACCUUUGUCUCACCCUCCACAACGACUAUCACAACCUGUGUCCCAACACCCACUUGCGCGGGAGUCUACUCAUCCUGUGAGUUCGGCACCCCGAACAACCAAUGCUGCUCGGGCUACUGCGCUGCCAACAAAUGCCGAUCGACAGAUGAUGGGUGGCCGUCUUGUAGCGAGGACAAUGGGCCUUGCGUUGUCGACGAACACUGCUGUUAUGGGAAUACCUGCACCAAUGGGAUUUGUAGCCGGACUUGA